CCAUCCUGCCUGGCAGCCGUCAUUAUUCAGGACCUUGUAUCAUAUAUAAGCCCAGGAACGCUCCCCCGCUGUCUGACCGGACCCUGGGUCUGACGCAAUAUCAAGAACCUUAAUUCGGCUUCAGUUUUCGAACCUUUCGAAGCGUAUAUCGACAACGCUCAUCACAACAUCCACUCUACCCGCACAUCACUAUCUCAGCUGCAUGCUUUGUGGAUCGUCGCCACUGAGACACUGCAUCUUCGCAGCGACCCCCAUGGCCGAAGACAGGGCCCCAGACGUGGGCAGCGAGGCGGACGACGACAACACAUUUACCAUCCACGUCAGCUUCCGCAAACAAGUAUACGACUAUGAAUUCGACCACGACGCCGUCGUCACAGAGCUGCUCGACACUCUCGAGGAAUCACUCGACAUACCCGUGCAGAACCAGAAGAUCAUCGUGCCGGGCGCACCGCUGGUGACGUGGAAGACAAAGAACCCACAGCAGCCCCUGUCCGACUGGGCUGGCAAGAAGCUCAUGCUGAUCGGGUCGAAUCUCAAGACAAGCAUGGCGGUGGAGGCCAUGUGCGCGCGCGUGGCCAAGAUCAACGCCGCCAAGGCCGCCCAGCGCCGAAAGAGCAAGGCGCCGAAGAAGACGAGACCCAGUGCCGAGUCGUCACAGUAUACCUUUACGCAGGUUCGACCGCUGAACAACCUGCCGAGACCGGAAAAGAGCCAGAUGCUGCUAAUGCGGCUGAAGAACGACCCGGGGAUCAAGCGGACCAUGGCCAAGCACAAGUUCACCGUGGCCUUGCUGACGGAGAUGGAGCCGUUGGCCAACACGCAGUCGAAUCAUGAGGGCACGUCGCGCAUCCUGGGACUGAACCGCAACAAGGGUGAGGUGAUUGAGCUUCGGCUGCGCACGGAUGCGCACGACGGGUACCGCGACUACAAGGUGAUCCGGAAUACUCUUUGCCAUGAGCUGGCGCACAAUGUGCACAGCGACCACGACCGCAACUUCUGGGACCUAUGCCAUCAGAUUGAGCGCGAGGUCGCCUCAGCCGACUGGAAGCAUGGUGGCCAGACCCUCGACGAGACCUCCGUGUACCAUAGGAACGGUGCUGUGGAGGAGGAAGAGGAGGCACAUCCCGACGAUCACGGCGGUUGGGAGGGAGGCGAGUUCACACUGGGCGGCGUUAGAGACGACGAGGCGGGCAUGAGUCGGAGGGAGAUUUUGGCUCGCGCGGCGAUGCAACGACAGAAGAAGGACGACCAGUCGGAGCGCGAGGCCGAUAAGGGGUGGCGCCCGUGCCAACGACCACGUCCAAACGAGGAGGCUGAGUAAGGGGGUGAAGUUGCAUUUCUGUCUGGGACGGGCAUAGCGAACGGGGUCAUUCAUCAUGGGAGCGUCCUUAGGAUUACAGGGAGUUGCAUUGCCAUUCGCAGCGAGACUAUUACGACUUAUGAAUACAGUAUCGGAUAAUGAAUUAUAUAACAGUCUUGAUUACCAU